CAAAUGAAUGAACGAACGAACGAACGAACGAAUCAUACAAAACAAGUGUGAAUGCAAUUACUCACUCGGACACGGACAAAUGGAUAAUGUGCACGGGCGAUCUGCUGGAAGGAAAGUAAUUAAAAAUAACCAACAACAGCCAGCAACAACAACACAAAUCAUAUAAUGUGAAGAAGAAAAAAAAAAGAAACGAUGAAUUUAAAUUGAUUAGUGACCGUGGCAAAUGGAAAAUAAAAUACGAAUUUUACUUCAACUGAAUAAAUGAUCAACUUUAUUGAGCGUAUUCAUCUGAUACGGAGGGUUAUUGAAUUACGUAAAUUGUUGUUAUUCAUAUUUGCAUUAUGUGGUGUUUGUUCGUGUGCAAUUAAUGCAAAUAAAAAAAAAUAAUUUGCCCAGCAUUUUAUGGGAAUGCCGAUUGAAGUCAAACGGCAUAAAAGAAAAACAAAUUAAUUUUCACCAUUACAAAUACAUGUGUGUGUAAUUAAUUGAUUUUAAUUUGUCAUUAAACACACACAUACGCGCAGGUACUGUUUGUUGUUAUAAUUGAAAACACAAACAAGUCAAUCAAUCGAUGCAAUCAUCCAACAAGGCCAUAAAAUUCUUAUUAAAUUGUUAACUAUUCAAUUUCUCAAAAAAGUAAAAAAAAAAACAAGUAAAGAGCCAAAAAAAGAAAACUAAAAUUAGAAGUGAAAAUAAAAAUAAAACCAGCUACUCUGUCAGCCAGCCAUCCAGCAAAUUGUGUGCCAUAACAAAUAAUUUAUAUCGAUUUAACUGGUAAUGGCUUUUCACCUUUAUAGCCACAGCCGUUGCCUGCAACUAUAUCAGCCACCACCACCACCACCACCAACACUACCACCUCCAUCACAUCAGCAAUAAUAUCAACAGUCCCACUACUUUGCCACCAACCAACCAGCCUGCCAACCAGCGAGCUGUAAUCACAGCACCUACUACUUUGCCGCCAGUCACUUCCACCAAUUCCCCCAUGAACAUAUACAUACUACUUACAUAUAUAAAUAUAUAUAUAUAUAAUUUCGUGCAAAAGGUUAAUGGUCUCUUGCUAGGGGGUAUACAUUCUCGAGCCACUGAACUGUUGUUGUGUCUUUAGCAACGCUUCCGUUUAUUGAACGCCCGUUUACUUACAACUAAAUCUUUAGCAUUACAACAUAGACAACAAGGCGAUACCGUGAGCUGGCAAUAUUAAAUACUACCACGACAAGGCAAAGCUAGGGGUUUCAACACCCCAUCACUGGUGUUGUUUGUAACAAAAGUUGGAUACACAAAAUUUGAAUAUUAUUACCGGGGGAAGGCGGCAGGGACCUAUUGUCUUUUAUCAUUGAGUUACGUGCUUCAAAUUACCAGGAUUGAGACUUUGGAUUUUGUUUGGCCCAACUUAAUUUAUUUUAACUUUAUGUGGAAUUACAGGGGAGUAGUACAUUUUAUGCGCUGGAAAAUAAUCACACAUACAUACAAACUCCCAACAAAGCAUUAUAUAUAUAUUUGGAAAUCAAUAAAAUAAAAAAUAAUAAUUUUUACAUAAAAAAAUAUAUGUGUGUGUAAAAAAGCACACCUUCGGCAAAAAAAAAAAACAGAGCAACAAACACUCCUACGCCUAGUCAGUUCAUAUUGAACCUGUCUGACUGACAGAGAAAUCCAUUGAAACAAACAGCGACAUUAUCGCGACAAAGAAGCUGUCAACAUGAUUGCAUUUUUGACAUUGUUCUUUUAUAUGACAAGUUUAUCGAUGUGCUACCAAAGACUGUCCGGCAAUCCAAAUCACAAUAAUGUGGAUCAGAAGCCAACGCACUUACCACCGGGUCACUAUUCCCAUAGUCACAGAUGGAAUGAACCCUAUUUCGAUGUGACAAUGCCAAAAAAUAUCACUUCACUUGUGGGGAAGUCUGCCUAUUUGGGGUGUCGAGUUAAGCAUUUAGGCAAUAAAACGGUUGCAUGGAUACGUCAUCGUGAUCUGCAUAUAUUGACAGUUGGCACAUAUACCUACACCACCGAUCAGAGAUUUCAAACGUCCUAUCACCGUGACAUUGAUGAAUGGACAUUACAAAUUAAGUGGGCGCAGCAGCGUGAUGCUGGUGUCUAUGAAUGUCAAAUCUCCACGCAGCCAGUGCGAAGUUUUUCCGUUCAUUUAAAUAUAGUUGACACUUUAGAUACCGAACAGAAUGACAUGAUGCAACAAUUCUACAACGAUGACUCAUUUUUUAUAACACACGAUCGUAUAUAUCAGUCGGGAGAUGAUGAAUUCGCCGGAAUGUUUGGACCACUACAAACUGUUGCCGUGCCAACAGCGACCAUAUUGGGCGGACCCGAUCUGUAUGUUGAUAAAGGAAGCACAAUUAAUCUAACAUGCGUAAUAAAAUUUAGUACUGAGCCACCAACUCACAUUUUCUGGUACCAUCAAGAUAAGGUACUGAGCGAAGAGACCUCAGGUGGCCGCCUCAAGUUUAAGACCAUCAAAUCCGAAGAAACCAAAUCAAUUCUACUUAUUGAUGAUGCCAAUCUCUCUGACUCUGGAAAAUAUUCAUGUUAUCCAUCAAACACAGAAAUUGCCAGUAUACGCGUCCAUGUCCUCCAAGGCGAGAGGCCCGAGGCAAUGCAAACAAAUGCAGCGGGAUCUACUGAUGCAGGAAUCUCAAACCUUUUUGCUGUAAUUCUAACCGCAUUUGUGGCACAAUUUGCAUUAUGUCGCACUUUAGCAACAUUCAUUCGAGUUUUUAUUGCCAACUGUCAGCGAGCUAGAAGUAACAGCCACACUAAAGCCCCAGUCGAGUAUGGCAGUAGCAGCAGCAGCACCGCCACAACCCCCAGUAGCCGCAGCAGAAGGACUUUUAAUAGAUUUUACACCAGCAAUGAUAAUUGUGCAGUCGUCCAUGAAGACAGCUCUCAUGGCGAUGCCAGUGAUGAAACCACAUGCAGCGUUGACAAUGUAAAUGUUUUUGAAAUAUGGAAUACUGAUGAUUGCCGUAAAAAACGGAAGAGCGUUGAACGAUGGACUAGCACGGCAAACAGUAGAUUACCGCAAAAGAGGGAAACACAAAGUGGCAUCAUCUCUUGCAUCCCUCCCAUCCAGUGGAAUCGGAGACAUGAUUUACGGUGAUUAAAUACGAGCCGAGAAUACCCAUAAGAAUGAAUAUAUAUACGAGUUAAGUAAAUUAAAAUAAAGUAUGUAAUCACAUUGUAAAUACUGUAAUACAUUAACUGAAGUCUUGUUGGCCCGCCCUAAGGUGGCCUCUAGGUGUACGUAGGUAUAUGAUGUGUACUUUAAUUUAUCCACUUCCUUUCUUCAUUAUCGUGUGUGUGUGUGUGUAAAUUGAAGCCAGACAGAUGGGGAGAGACACUUACAUAUGGAUGACAUGCAGCAAUUCACUGUAAAGGACAUUAUUUAUAAACGUUGGUCAACAUGAUGCUGAUAUGUGAGGAGAGCUGGCGUGUGUGUGUAUGUGUGUGAUAAUGAUAAUGACAGAAUUAAAGAAUAGUUAAUAAGAAAAGUUAAUAAGGUACAUGCAUUGUUUUCAUUAAAAUAAUUGUAUUUCUUGUGAAGAAUUCAUAUUGUUUUGUAUAAUAUUGAUACAAUACAAGGUAGGACCGGUUGCAGACAUUUGAAAACACAACUCGGGAGUUCGGAUUAAAAUUAUAAAAAAUAUAUAUUUUUGAUUUUUUU